AUGGAAUCCCGCGUCAAAGCAGAAGAACCGGACUACUCACUAUUCACCUCCUCCCAAAAGCGAUGGAUCAUCUUCAUCGCCGCCCUCGGCGGCUGGUUCUCCACCGCCAGCAGUUUUAUUUACUUCCACGCGAUCCCCUUCCUCGCUCGCGAUCUGCACGUCAGUAUCGAGAAGAUCAACCUCAGCGUUACCUCGUACCUGGUCGUCUUGGGAAUCUUUCCCUCAAUAACCGGCAGCGCAGCAGAUCGAUACGGACGACGCCCGGUGUUCAUCGCUACUCUCGCUGUGUAUGUGGCUGUUGCGCGAUUAUAG